ACAAGCCCCUGGCAGCCCUGUGCUGUGGUAGCCUCAGCAUCCCAGCGGUCACACCAUGCUGUCCCUGUCCCCAGACCCUUCCCGUGGGAGGCAGGUGCUGCCCAUCUCUGUGUCCUUGGGGCUCUGGCAGCUACGUGCCAUGAAUGCCUCCACCAGGGCUGCUGUCCCUGAGCCCGGGCACCCUGCCAGUGCCCAGGAGCACCUGAAAGCACCUUUGCCCAGGCACACCUGGAGGAGGGCUCUCUCUGGUGCUCGCCGCCCUCGUACCGGAGUCCACCAGCCCAGCUCUGUGCUCCCUUUCUGCUUAUCUCCCUGAGCCCGUGCCUUGCACGUACUCCUGAGGCUCCCGUUUCCUUGGGGAUAGGGGAGAUGCUUUGUAUUUAAAGCCAUUGCAGUGUUUAUGGAGAAGCUGAAGUCAAAGCAUGGUGAGAUGGAUUUCCAACCCUUCCCAGGGACACGGCUGUGGUGCAGGAAAUCCUCACAUUCGGGGCCAAAAUGUUUGAAGUGGGCUCCAGGCACCAUAAAUGCUGACUGUCAGCAGCUCACGUGUUUUACAGUGCCUGGAGAUUUCUAUGUCUCAUUCCCCUGGGUUUUGCAAGGGAUUUGGGAUGCACUGAGAAUCUGGGAGGAAAAUCUGUGUCCAUGUGCAUGGAAGGCAGCUGUGUCCAGUCCUGCCGAGUGAUGUUUCUUGCUCUUUCUUCAGCUCCGUACCUCUCGCUGGCUGAAACCUCGAGCGCCUGGGCUGCCUGCCAGCCCGUCACUGGAAAUGAUCCCUUACCAGCUGCAGGGCAGCCCCCCAGUGCCCAGGAGGAAAGAAGACCCGAUGGAUGGCAGGAGGGCCCCUGAGCAGGGCAGAGACCCUGCUGCCUCAGGGCACAGCCAGGGGCUGAAAACAGAGCCCUGUUUCCAGAGGGACCCUCUGAUGUCCUCCCCCAGCGCGUCCCUCGUGUCACAGCUCCUCAGCCACACGGUGGUGAGCAGGAGCCUGGACCCCUGCACCCUUUUCCCUUCCUCACGACCAGUGGGGCUGCCCCAGGGCUACGAGCUCGGUGUGCCUCCUGCAGAAGGAGCACAAGCCCUGGUUCUCCCCAGGACCCGUGCCCCAGCUCCUGUGCCCGGUGCCGGUGACAGGGAGCCGCUCUCAGACGAGCACCUCCGAGCCAAGCGGGCCAGGGUGGAGAGCAUCAUCCAAGGCAUGAGCCUCCCACCGACCCCACAAACCCCUGGCACCGGCGUGGAGGGAGGUGUGGGGCAGGACAGGGAGAAGGGUGGAGAGAUGUCCUGGGAGGGCAGGAGGAAGCCGAGGGUGCCCCAGCCUCAGCGGGGUGUGGGGGUGGCUGGGAGAGGGGCACCCAGUGGGGGCAGCCCCCAUGCUGCGGGGUGCCAGCAGCUGAAGGAGCAGCUCUGCUUUCUGGAGCAGCAGCUGAGGUGGCUUCAGGAGAGGUUCUCCCAGGUGUGUGACCCUGAGGACGUUGCCCAGCCCCAGGGAGGUGCUGGGGACAGGCCGGGCAGGGACGGUGCCGCUGCUGCCCGCCGCCCCCACAAAGCUGCUCCCUGGGGGAACUCCCCAGGGGCGGACGGGCCCGAGGGGACGCAGGAGGAUGAGGGGAUGCAGGAGGACACGGGCGGCCUGCCCUCGGUGGCCAGGGUCCUCUCGCAGGCGCUGAAGCAGGAGCUGGCCGGGGUGACGUCCCGUGUGGUGGACUCUGUCCUCACCAGCGUGUGGCCGAAGGCGGCCGGCCACCUCCUGCAGCAGCACCCGGGGCCAGGGGCGGCUGCCAGGGGGGAGCAUUUUCCUGCUGGGAAAUGCAGAAAACCCCUCGCUAAGUCAUCCCCAGUGGGCACGCUGGGCUCACCCCCACCUGAGGCAGCAUCCCUGCCCUCAGGGCACAGCCUGGGCCCUCAGGGCAGCUCCUUCAGCCCCACGGCACUCAGGAACCCCCACCAGGCACCCGCUGUGGGGUACACGCUGGGCUCGGCCGUCCCCUCAGCGCAGGAGGGCCGGCUGCUGGGCCAGCUGCUGGGCUACGGCCACUGGGGGAGCCCCCCUGCCCCGCAGAGGUGUCCCCCCGAGGCCCCGGACCCUCACUGGGGAGCCCCCAGGCUGCGGCCAUCAGCGGUGAGGCAGCAGCGGUGCCCCUUGCCCCUGGGCCCUGGCGAGGCGGAGGGGGACGGGGCGCCCUUCGCCCCCACCCACGAGGCGCUGACCCCAGGCCACCUGAAGAAGGCCAAGCUGAUGUUCUUCUUCACCCGCUACCCCAGCUCCGCUUUGCUGAGGUCCUACUUCCUCGAUGUGCAGUUCAGCCGCUGCAUCACCUCCCAGCUCAUCAAAUGGUUCAGCAACUUCCGCGAGUUUUACUACAUCCAGGUGGAGAAGUUCGCCCGGCAGGCCCUGCUGGAGGGCGUCGCGGACGCCGGAGCCCUGCGGGUCUCGCGGGACUCGGAGCUCUUCCGCGCCCUCAACACGCACUACAACAAGGGGAACGACUUCCAGGUGAGGGCUGCGGGCUGGGGCAUGGGGCCGUCGGUGCCCACCCGCCCCGGUACCCCCCUGCCCGUCUCUCCGCAGGUGCCCGGGCGCUUCCUGGAGGUGGCCAGCCUGACGCUGCGGGAGUUCUUCAGCGCCGUCAGGGCGGGCAAGGACGCCGACCCCUCCUGGAAGAAGCCCAUUUACAAAAUCAUCUCCAAACUGGACAGCCACAUCCCCGAGGUGUUUAAAGCCGUGGGGUGCUCCCAGGAGCUGCUCCGCAGUUGAUCCGCCGUGCAAGGGGGCUGAGAAGUUUUGGGGUAACCGCUGGUGGCUGUGCCGGACAUCUCCCGGGCACAGCUUCUGGCAUCCAUUGUUCUAUUUUCUAUCCAUCCUAAAAGACAGCCUCCUGGGGAGAGGUCUGCUGCUCACCCCAGGCACCAGGGUUUUAUGCUGUGUGUUUUAUUUGGCUGCUCAAACCCGCUGCCAGAGAGGGGACAGAGGGAGAGGAAGCCAAUAGCUUGGAGCCUGGGAAAUGGCCGGUCUCCAGGCCCCGCUCCAGCUCCCCCCGGGACCUGGGACCAGCCACCUUCCUCCUCAUUUCCAGAGGGCUGCAAAUCGGGGCAGAGAGCCUGUUUUUGUUUAUAAAGCAGGCUGAGGUCCCAGCAGUGGGCAAAGUUUGCUUGGCACGGCAGCCCAGCACGCCGUGCCCGCCCCAGCAGCACUCCUCGGGCCCGGUCCAGAUACAACACAACAGCGUCCAAAGAAAACAUCUGGUGAGUUCCAGCGUUUCAAGCAGCCCAUGAGAACGGCUGGCUGUGCCUCGGGGAUGUAAAACUGUGUGUCACAGCUGGCACAGACAGCCCCUUGCCCUGUGGAGAUGAAGCCAGGCAGCGUGGCUUCUGGUGGAGCUGCCCAGGAGCGAUCACACAAGCUCUUCCUUGCGGGUUGCAGGCCUGUUCCUGCAGAAGCAUAGGCCAAAGGACAUCGCUGCUCCUUGUGGCUGGGACUGAGCAGCUGCUUUUCCACCAGGUGAGGUGUUUUGGCUCUCCCGUCCUAGCAGAGGAAGCGCUGGGGGAAGGCAGCACACCUGGUGGAAAGGCUGUGAAGAGGAGCCGGAGGAAGGCUCAGAGAGGGGAGAAACCGUACGACUGUGUACAGGCAACGACAUCCCUGAGCAAAAGGCUUGGGGACAAUAGGGCUGGGAAGGGGUCAGGACGGUGCUGGACAUGCUGCAGGGUGCGAGGAAAAUCCAAGCGUCAGAGCACACAGGGAGACCUGCAGGCUGGGUUUUACCAUGGCCCUUUGCCAUCAGACGUGGGGCUAGCCACAUUUCCUGCCUGCGUUUGUAUGUUAAUUGCUUGAGGUUUGUAUGUUUUACCACCCCAACUCCAAAUUUACUCAUCCACUUUUAAAUAAAUGCAUAGUUGCGACUUUACAUCCCCAGAGACCUAUCUGAUAACUUUUCCUCUAACGUUUUACCUUGGGAAUUUCAUACAUUUUGUUGGGGAAAAAAAAAUAACACUACGAGAGAAGGGCUUACUGCUGCUGCCAGCAUUCCUGUGGGGCCGAGCCACCCUGGCUAACAAAUGUGCUCGUGUAAACCCACAACCUCACCCAGAGCCUCAGGUCAAUCUGCUGCAAACGCAGCAGCCAGCAGGAGGAUGAGAAACUCAUCCCAAAGCUGAUGGGGGCCGGAUUCAAACAUCCAUCCAUCACCUGAGAAGUGCUGUUGGUGACACCACGAAUGUAUUUUCGUAGAGCCCAGUGGUGCCCGAAACACAGCAGGCAGUUUUCAAAUGAAGACAAGCAGGUGCCUGCCACAUAGGGAUUUCUAUUAGCAAAGUGAGUUACUUACAGGGCUGGGGGGAAAAGGAAGAGAUGUAGUGACUCCUACGCGUGGGUGGGCUGUGCAAGUUCCACAAUUAUCCACUGAAACAAUGGGGGAAGUGCACUCACCUCCUGCUGACUCACUUUCAACUUUUUUAAAAGAAGAGUCCAUUCUCUCCACCUAUCCAAAUGCCUGUGGUAUGUACAAUAAAUAAAUAAAUAAAUAA